GACGACGACGAUGACUCCAGUCCAACAAGGAAACCAUGCCCUCCUCUCUCCCCCUCUCGCCCUUCCUUCUCUUCUUCUUCUUUCUCGCAUCCCCCACCGACGCCUUCUUUUCCUCCCUCCUCGCGGCCACCGGCGAUGCCCCUCGGUUCGCUGAGGCCCCGCACUUCCGCAACGGCGUCCGAUGCCCGUCGAUUUCCGCUGGCGCCGGCCGCGCCGCCGCCUGCGACCCCUCGCAUGUCCACAUCGCCAUGACCCUCGACGCCCAGUACCUUCGCGGCUCCGUCGCCGCCGUCCACUCCAUUCUCAAGCACAGCUCCUGCCCCGACACCCUCUUUUUCCAUUUCUUCGCUCCCGCCGGCGGCCGCGUCGGCGGCGAUGACCUUUCCCGCCUUCUUGGCUCCACCGUUCGCUCCGUCUUCCCGGCCCUCCGAUUCGAGGUGUACCCCUUCCGGGCGGAGCUGGUCAGUGGCCUCAUCUCCUCCUCCGUCCGCGUGGCCCUCCAGAACCCGCUCAACUAUGUCCGCGCCUACCUCGCGGACCUGAUCGACUCCUGCGUCCAGCGCGUCGUCUACCUUGACUCUGACGUCAUCGUCGUCGAUGACGUUCGCCGUCUCUGGGACGACGCCGCCGCCCGCCUCGACUCCGCCGCCGCCGUCGUCGCCGCUCCGGAGUACUGCCACGCCAACUUCACCCGCUACUUCGCGCCCACCUUUUGGGCGGAAGGCGGGGCGCAGGCCUUCGCCGGGCGGCGUCACCGGCCCUGCUACUUCAACACCGGCGUGAUGGUGAUGGACCUCCGCCGGUGGCGGGCCGGAGGGUACCGCCGCCGGAUCGAGCGGUGGAUGGAGGUGCAGCGGGAGCGUCGAAUCUACGAGCUGGGCUCGCUGCCGCCCUUCCUGCUGGUUUUCGCCGGGGAGGUGGAGGGUUUGGAGCACCGGUGGAACCAGCACGGUCUCGGCGGCGACAACCUCACCGGAGAGUGCCGGAGGCUCCACCCCGGCCCAGUCAGCCUGAUGCACUGGAGCGGAAAGGGGAAGCCAUGGGAUCGCCUAGACGCCGGUAACCCCUGCCCGGUCGACCAACUCUGGAAGCCAUACGACCUCUACGUCCGGCCAUCCUCCGGUACCUCCUCCAUCGCCACCACAUGAACCUCCUCCUACCUUUCUUCGUCUGGUAGCGUCUUAUCACAUUCGGAUUCUUUGUUCCCUUAAAUUCCAUUAAGAGCGGCGGCGAAGGCAGCUCGCCACCGCCGGCGGUGACGAUGUACAGAUGAGAACGGACACAUAGAAACGAUGCAUCGGCUCAUUAGGUCGGUUCACGGGGUUCAAAGAUUGAUUUGAAUCUCUCAUCACAUUCCUUCCUUCCUUCGAUUCAAUUUUUGUUAUUUGCUCAUUAAAUUCCUGUAUAAAAAAGAAGAUUCAAUUGAUAUAUCGAUCCACCAUUCAUUCGUUCUA